CCUACGGGUGUCAGCGCACAGAGCUGAGUAAUCGUAGAGCCAGGCAGCAGCUGCGGGCGCCUAGGAGAGUGCUGGGAGGUAGCAAAUCACCUAUUUGGAGAAGGUGGGAGAGGCGCAGGAAGACAGACAGCUGCAGAUUAUAGAGAAGCCUGGCGCCGCAGCCCGAAGCCGUCCCGGGCGCUGUAAAAGCGAGCGGAGCGGAGCCCCGAACCCGGAGUGGCUGAGGCAGGAGCGCACCGAGCCGGCCGUGGAGUCGCGGGCGCUGCGCAGGAUGCAUCAUGAAGAGCUGUCGUCGCCCUUGCAGAGACCUCGAUAUGGCUCUAUUGUGGAUGAUGAAAGGCUUUCUGCAGAAGAAAUGGAUGAGAGGAGACGUCAGAACAUUGCGUAUGAGUAUCUGUGCCAUCUAGAGGAAGCCAAAAGGUGGAUGGAAGUCUGUCUAGUUGAAGAACUGCCACCAACCACUGAACUGGAAGAAGGACUAAGAAAUGGAGUCUACCUUGCAAAACUGGCCAAGUUCUUUGCCCCUAAAAUGGUCUCAGAUAAAAAGAUCUAUGAUGUGGAACAAACGCGUUAUAAGAAAUCAGGACUUCAUUUUCGUCAUACAGAUAAUACUGUGCAAUGGCUGAGAGCAAUGGAAUCCAUUGGGCUCCCUAAGAUCUUUUAUCCAGAAACAACAGAUGUCUAUGAUCGGAAAAACAUACCUCGAAUGAUUUAUUGCAUUCAUGCACUAAGUUUAUAUCUCUUCAAACUAGGAAUAGCACCGCAGAUCCAGGAUUUGUUGGGCAAAGUAGACUUUACAGAGGAAGAGAUCAGUAACAUGAGGAAGGAACUUGAGAAGUAUGGAAUACAGAUGCCAUCUUUUAGCAAAAUUGGUGGCAUUCUGGCCAAUGAAUUGUCAGUGGAUGAAGCUGCAUUGCAUGCUGCAGUCAUUGCGAUUAAUGAAGCCAUUGAGAAGGGCAUUGCCGAGCAGACCCUUGUGACUCUGAGAAAUCCAAAUGCAGUUUUAACCUCUGUGGACGAUAGUCUCGCACGAGAUUAUCAAAAGGAACUCUGGGAAGCCAAGAAAGCAAAAGAAGAGAGCUCAAAACUAAAGAAUAGCUUUAUUUCUGAAGAGGAAAGAGAUGCAUAUGAAGAGCUACUGACACAAGCAGAAAUACAAGGGACCAUCAAUAAAAUCAACAGGCGUGUUGCUAUUGAGCAAAUCAAUGCUGUGAUCCGAGAAAGUGAUCCCAGUAACACCUUGACCGCUCUCAUGAAACCUGAGGCCCAGCUGCCUACUGUUCAUCCUUUUGCUGCUGUUAUGUAUCAGAACGAACUGUUCAACCUUCAGAAACAGAAUGCUAUGAACUACCUGGCCCAUGAGGAGCUAUGCAUUGCAGUAGAAAUGUUGUCUGCUGUCGCUUUGCUCAACCAGGCAUUGGAAAGCAAUGAUCUUGUGUCUAUACAGAAUCAUCUCCGAAAUCCUUCAAUAGGCUUCAAUAACCUGGAUGAAGAAUACUUGGAACGUUAUGCUAGCACACUCUUGUCCAUUAAAAGAGAAGCCUCAUCUCAAGGACAAGAUAACUUGAGCUGGAAUGAAAUCCAAAAUUGUAUUGAUAUGGUUAAUGCGGAAAUUCAAGAAGAAAAUGAAAGAGAUGUUGCCAUUGAGCUCAUUAAUAAAGCUAUCGAUGAAAAAAAUCCUGAGAAAACUCUGGAAUCACUGUUGUUACCUGCUGCCAAAUUGAGAAAUGUGAACCCAGACAAUGCUUAUCACUAUCAAGACAUUCUGUUUAAUACCAAAUCAGAAAAAAGGAAGACUGAUCAACCUCAAGAUCUUUUGGGGCAAGAAAUACAGGCAGGAAUAGACUAUGCCAACCUGGAUAUGGUCCAGGUAAACAAAAGCGCUGCUACAGUAUCUAAAAUAAAUCAGUUUUUGGAGAAUGAAGACAAAGAAAAUUUACUGGAAGUGCUACAAUCUAGCUAUUCAGAAGCAAGACAAAUGAUCGCCCUGCAUGCUAAAGAUUACUAUCAAAAGCUUUUUGAAGCUAAGAAGCAGAAGUCAUUUGGAGUGACUACGGAAGGCCCAUGGCUUAAAUUCACAUUGCAUGAUAUUUAUAACUACUAUUACAACACAGAAACAGGAGUGGGUACCUGGAUUUGUCCAGAAGAUUAUGGAGAGAAAUUAUCUUGGCUGUCACAGCGUGAAAUUAAGGAUCUCAUUGUUAAAAUGACAGAAGGCUACCUUAUGGAGAAACUGUGGUCUUCCAGUGAAGAUGUGGAUGAUUCAACACCUUUAUUGGUCCAUGUUAAGAAAGAAUUUGAAGAAAGAAAAGCUUUCUUAUGUGAACAUGAACCUUCUGUGGUCAAAAUACAGGCUUCCUGGAAGGGCUACAAAGAGCAGAAAAAAUUUGCUGAGAGGAAGAAACUGUUUGCUGAUAAUGUUUCUUCUGUUAUUAAGAUUCAAACCUGGUACAGAAUGAUGUCAGCAAGAAGCCGUUACCUUUCACGAAAACAUUAUUUCAAACAACAAAUUGAGAAAAUUGUGAAACUUCAGUCUUGGAUAAGAGCAUUCAAAGCUAGAGUUGACUAUAAAACACUAGUGAAUGAUAAAAAUCCUCCUUUGCCUGUUUUGUGCAAGUUUUUGUAUCUGUUGGACCAAAGUGAUUUAGAUUUACAAGAAGAACUGGAAAGGACAAGAUUAAGGGAACAAGUAGUUACCACAAUCAGAGCUAAUCAACAGCUGGAAAAAGACUUGAACUUGAUGGACAUAAAGAUUGGACUUCUGGUAAAAAACAGGAUCACUCUGCAGGAUGUUAUUUCAUAUAGGAAAAAGAUGAAUAAGAAAACAUGCGAAGAAUUGAUGUUGAGUGGCAAUGAAAAACAAGGAAUUAAAAGUCUGAGUAAGGAGAAGAGGAAAAAACUGGAAGCCUACCAGCAGCUAUUCUACAUUCUACAGACCAAUCCUACGUAUCUGGCUAAGCUGAUUUUCCAGAUGCCUCAGAACAAGUCAACCAAGUUCAUGGACACUGUAAUUUUCACACUAUACAAUUAUGCUUCCAAUCAGCGAGAGGAAUAUCUGCUUCUCAAGCUUUUUAAAACUGCCCUAGAGGAGGAAAUAGAAUCCAAAGUGGAUCAGGUACAGGAAAUAGUGACUGGGAACCCAACUGUCAUUAAAAUGGUUGUUAGCUUCAACAGAGGAGCCCGAGGACAGAACAGUCUGCGUCAGCUGCUUGCCCCAGUGGUGAAAGAGAUCAUUGAUGAUAAAUCCCUUGUCAUCAAUACGAACCCAGUGGACGUGUACAAGGCGUGGGUUAACCAAUUAGAAAUGCAGACUGGAGAGGCCAGCAAGCUGCCAUAUGAUGUCACAACAGAACAAGCCUUAGCACACACUGAAGUAAAAAGUAAAUUAGAGGCUUCUGUUCAAAACCUGCGAAGAGUAACCGAUAAAGUCUUGGAAUCAAUAUUUUCUUCCCUUGAUCUAUUACCUUAUGGAAUGAGAUAUAUAGCCAAAGUGCUGAAGAACUCCCUCCAUAAGAAAUUCCCUGAUGCAACAGAAGAUGAGCUAUUAAAGAUUAUAGGAAACCUCCUAUAUUAUCGGUAUAUGAACCCAGCAAUAGUAGCUCCAGAUGGCUUUGACAUCAUUGACAUGACAGCCGGGGGUCAGAUACACCCUGACCAAAGGAGAAACUUGGGGUCAGUGGCCAAAGUCCUACAGCACGCUGCCUCAAACAAGAUGUUUGAAGGUGAAAAUGACCAUCUUUCUUCCAUGAACAGUUACUUAUCAGAGACAUACGAGAAGUUCAGAAACUUUUUCCAGGAAGCAUGUAAUGUCCCUGAGCCUGAAGACAAAUUUAAUAUUGACGAAUAUACAGACAUGGUCACAGUCAGCAAACCCAUAAUAUACAUAUCAAUAGAAGAGAUCAUCAACACUCAUUCUCUACUAUUAGAACACCAAGAUGCAAUUGCUUCUGAAAAAGAUGACCCACUGAAUGAGUUGCUAGAAGGUCUAGGAGAAGUCCCUGAUGUGGAAUCUUUUCUUGGGGAAGGAGCUGUUGAUCCCAAUGACCCUAACAAGGAAAAUACACUAAAUCAGCUCUUAAAGACUGAAAUUUCACUUUCACUGACUAGCAAGUAUGAUUUAAAAGGAGAAGAUGUAGAUCUCAAAGGUCUCAUGAUAAUGACCAAAAGGCUGGUCCUCGAUGUAAUCCGAACGCAAACAGGCACCUCGCUAGCAGAAAUCCUACAGACACCAGCAACUCCAGAACAGGAACUUAAACAUUCCGUAGAGAUGGAGAAUAGGGCAAUUUUGGAUUCCAAGACCCCUGAAGAAAUGAAAAACAACCAGUCCAUGCUUGAGGAUAGCCAGCUACCUUUGGAACAGAAGAAGAGGAAAAUUCAAAGGAAUCUUCGGAUACUGGAACAGAAUGGACUUGUAUCAUCAGAAAAUAAAUACCAAGAAGUUGUCAAUGAGAUUGCUAAGGAUAUCCUGAAUCAAAGACUGUACCGUCAAAAUCGGAGAGCUGAGUUGGUGAAACUCCAGCAGACCCUGAAUGCACUUAAUUCCAAGUCAGCAUUUUUUGAAGAUCAAAGUAAUUAUUAUGACACCUACAUAAAGACUUGUUUAGACAACUUAACAAGAAAAAACACAAGGAGGUCAAUUAAAUUAUCUGGAAAAGAAGAAGAAAGUAGAUACAAGAAGGCAAAACCAGUGAAGUACACCGCAGCCAAGCUCCAUGAUAAGGGCGUCCUGCUGGAGAUUGAAGACCUUCAGACCAAUCAGUUUAAGAAUGUUAUGUUUGACAUCAUACCUACUGAAGAAGUGGGUAACUUCGAAGUCAGAGCAAAAUUCCGAGGUGUUGAGAUGGAAAAGGUUCACCUUGAUAUUCAGGAUUUGCUUCAGAUGCAGUAUGAAGGAGUAGCUGUAAUGAAAAUGUUUGAUAGGGCUAAAGUGAAUGUAAACCUUCUUAUAUUCCUGCUGAACAGGAAAUUCUAUGUAAAAUAAAAUGCUAUAUCAUGGACUCUGCAUCCAAUGGAUUGAGAAAUGCAUUUGUUCAGGAUUUUUGUUUUGAAAUAUGAUUGCAGUCACUGCUCAUGGAAAUGUUUGAUUUUUUUUUUCAAAGACCAAAACUGUUCAGAAGAAUGUACCCAUGUGCCUUGUUGAUGAUCUGCUAUUACAGUAAAAUGCUACACAAUAUGAAUUAAUGUAAACCUUUCCAGAUCAUACCGUGGUGUAGGGAUUCCAAUGUGAAACCCUUCUGUUUCACAGCAUUUUCAAGUACUAUAUUUCGUUUUAAAGUAGUUGAAUAAAUGUCUAAAGCUAUUUUCCUAUGAGGAUUUUUUAAAUGUUUCAUUUGCAUACUAGAAUUCUUCGUAGAUUUUUUUUUUAAUCUGUGAAGAAAUGAAAGCCUAAUUAUUUGUAAGGAAUCACUUAGAUGAAUAAACUUAGUACUAAACCCUGCCUUCUGGGAGGUGUCAAUUAUAAAGUGAACUUUUGUGCAAUUCAAAUAAAGUUUUUAUAGGUAAUUACAAUACAACACAAUAACAUUUUCUGUAUAAAAGUAUAUAUUUUCUGUGAUUUAUUCCUACUAAAUAAAAGUGCACUACUGCCUCAUGGUCAAAGCCUUUCUACUCGAAGCCUUUAAUUUAAGUGGCAAAGAAGCAAUGUGGAUAGCAAUCAGUAGGGUGUUUUUUUUCCCAGUUUAUUCAAACACUUAAAUUGUGCCUCUCAAUUUCUUUUUUUUUUUGUAAUGCAAUAAAAUCAGUAUCUAAAUGGAUUAAAAUGUAUUCCUGAGAGAUUGUUCUAUGUAAAAUAAAUGUUACUUAAUUACA